AUGGCAAGACAAGGAAAUUGCCAACAAGGCCAGGCUUCUGAUUCUGCUAACUGUCCAUCUUCUUCCACGGUCAUCUCCUCCAUCCUGAACACCUGGUUGAACCAAUACUUGGAGGACUUUUUUCAGCCCCCAGACUUUCCCUGCCUCAAGCUGCUGAUAGAUUAUCUCCAGCUCAAUAUGCCAGGGUCAAAUGAGGAGUGCCAUGCUCAGCUUCUUCUGGUCCAGUGGGAACACCUGGAGUGCAGUGAGCCUGAAACUGAGAGUGAGCAGCCUGGGCUAGAUCCUUCAGCAUCUGUACAUGUGACCACAGAGAACAGAUGGAAUAAGGAGAAGCUUCAUAUCUUGGCAUUCCCACCUGAUUUGGUGGCAGAGCAGUUAACACAGAUGGAUGCUGAACUGUUCAAGAAGGUGGUGCCCUACCACUGCCUCAGGUCCAUUUUGUCCCAGCGGGACAAGAAGGGCAAUGAGCAUCUCACUCCCACCAUUCAUGCCACCAUCAUCCAAUUCAACAAUGUGGCCACCUGUGUGAUGACCACUUGCCUUGGUGAUUGGAGUAUGAAGGUCCCAGAGAGGGCCCAGGUGGUGGAACACUGGAUUGAGGUUGCUGGAGAAUGUGGAGUUCUGAACAAUUUCUCUUCCCUCUACACCAUUCUCUCUGCUCUGCAGAACAAUGCCAUCUACUGCCUGAAAAGGACUUGAGAAGAGGUUUCCAGGGAAAUCUUCCAGAAACUUAAGAAGGUGUCAAGAAUUUUUUCUCCCGAAAAGAAUCACUUCCUGAGCAGGAAGCUGCUCACCAAGGGGAGAAUAUCCAUAUUUGCAACCAUAGGGUGGAAGUCCAAGAGGACUGAGAGGCAGUUCAAGGAGAUGGGUUUCAUCCAGGGCACCAUCCCCUACCUUGGCAUCUUUCUCACUGACCUAGUGAUGUUGGACAAUGCCAUGAAGGACUAUCUUAAUGAGAGAAUCAUCAAUGUUGAGAAGAUGAGGAAGGAGUUCCAUGUGAUCAGCCAGAUCAAGCAGCUGCAGGUUACUUGCCAUAAGUACAAUAUUUCACAGGAGCACUUUGGGACAUGGUUCCCGGGCAUGGAGCAUCUCAGUGAGACACAAAGCUACAAGCUUUCAUGUGAUUUGAAGCUUCCAUCCAUAUCAGCUAGCACUACCCACGAGACCAAGAACACAGCCACUGGGAGCAACUUCCAGGCCCCCAACACAGAGAGCAGUACCAAGCCCUGUGACCAGCUCAAGUGUGACAACAAUUUCAGCAGUGGGGACAUGGGUGACCAAUUCUGCACAAGCUCAACUGGGUCCUCCAGCUUGGACAUAGAGGGGAUCUAUGUGAGCUGUAUACUGGAGUCUCCUGAUGGCCAGGAAAAGCUCUGCAAGUCAGACUCUUGGUCAUCCUCUGAGUCUUCCAGCAUUAGCUCUACUUCAAGGAACCCCUCCUCAGUGCCAGCAUCCAGCAAGACUGCAGCCACCACCAGCAGCAAUAAGUUUCCUAUCUCUGGGGUUUCCAACACCUGCUGCACAAAGCCCUUUUACAACCAGCAGGUGGGCAACUGCUGUAUCAUCCAUGUGAGCCUGGAGGUCAACAAUGGCAACUAUAAGAGCAUCCUGGUGACCAAUCAAGAUAAAGCUCCAGACAUCAUCCUCAAGACAAUGGAGAAACACAAUUUAGACAUUGAUGAUCCAGAGGACUAUGAGCUGGUACAGAUAAUCUCAAAAGAUUGCAGAAAAAUGAAGAUUCCUGAUAAUUUUAAUGUAUAUUAUGCCAUGAAUUCAUCUGCUAACUAUGAGUUUGUCCUGAAGAAAAGAACACUCAACAGGACCAGCUGGAUCUGGGUAAGCUCCUGUGGCAGUGGUCAGGAAAGAUCUGAGACCAAUGCCUAUGAGAAUGUGACAUUGUCCCCAUUCAUGGGGGUGACUGGUGUCAUAUGGGACAUGAUGUCAGCACUCUACUGGGAGGGAUGCAUUGCUGAUGGGGAAGCCUACAAAUUGGACAGUAUGCAGGAGCAGUGA